AUGGCUACGUUUUCGGGUCAAGAAGUGCCCCCCGAAACCCAACAAGUCCUUUUCAAGUCCCUCUGCACUGGCAUGGCAAACUCCCUAGAUGUGCUUUUCCGUUUUGUCCUCCAAGUGUCCUUGCCGAUCGAGAACUUUACCCGCUGGUUGGAAGUGGUAAUCCCAGCUCUGAUGCGGAGCUCAUCCACUGGAGACAGCUAUGAGGCAGAACCUCGCGCUGUGCUGCGAGGUUCAGACACUGCUGGCCGAGUGGUGGAUGUGCUGUGGUCGUUCAAACGCGGCAAUCAGAAAACACUUGGUUGGAUUCUCUCCAACAUCAACGAAUCUGCCAAAGCUGCUGACCUUCCGCCUGUUGUCGUGGCGUUUUGCCUCGGAGCCGACAGCGGCAGCUUUCGCUUGUGGUUUGGCUUGCUUCGGCUCAGAGAUUUGGAAGGGCCCGGGGCCGAAACAUCUUUCAGCUUGUUUAGCAAGGAGCCGCUGUUGAGGCCAACACUUACGCAACAGUUUUAUGAUGAGCUUGUUUGGUAUACCAUGAAGGGCCCCCUUGAAGUGAGCUUGUGCACGGAGCACCGGCGGCGUAAACGGGCCCUGAAGGAAUUGUUGGAGAGUGGAGGUUCCUGUGCAGCGUGUGAGUUUGUUGCUGCCUUGGAAGAUCCUUACUCCUUUCUCCAAGAAGAGGACUUUGUAACUGAGAUGGAGCUUUGGCUGCCGGGCUGGAGAGAUCCUUACGGAAAGCGGCUGAAGUGGCUUUCAACUCUGUUGGGGCGUUCUGGACAUCUCCCUUUCGCCUUCAUUGCGGAGAAGGUGGCAUCGUUCGUUUUCCCGCAAGGACAUCCGCUACACCCUGUCCAGGUAGACGAUCUGACCGCGCUCAAUCUGCCGACGCUGGACUCCGAAUCCGAGUAA